AUGAAGAGACUCGGAAAACUGCAAAUCGACAUUCGGACAAUACACAGCGCCAUUUACCAUCAACAGGCAACCUUAGACUAUCUGUCACAAAUUCUGGAUAACCUGCGCGAAAAAAUCGAAGAGGGAAAUAGAAAUGCGCAAAUCAGUGCCCAGGAGCUGCAAGGAGCAAUAUCCAAUCUGACGACCACGGUCGAAAAAGCGCUGGAAAAUCUAAGAAAUGGAGAACAAGCAACAAACAUCGAUGCCAUCAACGAAGAGGGGGAGGGCGCCGGCGCAAAGGUCGAGGAAGAAGCCCCGAUAGAGGACAAUAACAUGGUAGAAAAGCAGGCAAACGAAGAAGAGAGAAAUGAUGCCGCCGCCGAGCCCAAAGAAGAAGCCGUGUCAGCCAAAGAAGAGAAAAAAGAAGAACGUGCGCAGCUGGGCCAUGAAGCCAGAACCAUUCAAAGUAAUCAGGAUUAUAUCGAAGUAUUGGAAAUUGAAAUGGAAGAUGCGUCCCUAUCUGAUGAAGUGGAUGAAGCCAAGGAACGGCAAGAAGUCGAAAUUAUGGAAGAGCCGGUCAGAGCGGAACCAGAGAGGGAAGAGCUUUUGAUACCAGAAGAAGCUCAGCUGCACGACGAAGAGCUCUUGGUUCCUGCUCUGGAACUUGAGCUGGGUCAAAACCGGCAAGCUAUCGCGGAUUUGAAUUUGAUGAUCGAAGAACUGGAGAAUCAGAAGACCUGCUGGCCUCGCAGAUAUCAUGGGAAGAUCCAAAAGAGCUGUGAGAGAAAUAUGUCCUGCGCAUUCUGCAAUGAAAUUGGGGACCACUACUCAGAUUCUUGUACGGAAAUCCCCACCGGGCGCGAAAGACGAGAAGUCCUAAACAUGAAAAGAAGAUGCGCAACCUGCUUGGAGUAUUGCUCGGGAGGAGACUUAUGCAAGAAGGCUUAUGACAGGUGUUCCCACUGUCAUGAAACCGGGCAUCACUCGGCCCUGUGCGAGCUGCCAGACACGAGCCAGGACAUUUUCCAACGACUGGAACAAGCAAAGGAGUCCAGGGAACGACACUUUCAGCGAAUUGACCAAAUUCAAAUGGAACUUCAGGACCUCCGCCAAGUCCCACUCCCCUAG